AUUUGUCAGCUCUUUGUAAUUUAAAGGUUCUUAUUUCUAAAGCAACGUUGGCCUUCAGGUUUUUCUUAAAAUUGUUUUGUUUUUGGAGUCAGAGCAACAGGACAACCGUCUUUCAAAUUGUAAGGUUUGUGAAAAUCUCCCCCCAUGUCUUAUCUCACUCAGGGGUGAACCUUAACUCUAGAUAACAGGCUGCAGACUGUUUCAGCAAAUCCUCACAGAGCGCCUGGAGGAGUGAGGAGGUCGAGUGUCGUUGUGUGGAGAACUCCUCGCUCCAAGAUUCCGAUUGUUUCCAGCGUGACCGGCUGGCACAAUCUUAACCCAACUCAUUUUUCUGUUACGCAUGUGAACUCCAAGAGGGCGGAGGCCCGGAUCACAGAGAGGUGUGAAACGCGAUCUCGUUCCCUGUGACUCAGACAUUACAUUUCCAUGGAUACAGGUGGACGUUGGCGUGCGUCAAGCCCAUCCUCAGCGAGGCUGGAACUCUGAGACUCCGUGGAACCACUGAGCCGGAUCCAGAAGAUUAAAUUCAUGUUUGGCACACGUCUGAAUCACCACCUUGUACCAGGUUACGGACUUGACCUUCCUCAGAUGCACUUAUAGCGCACAGCGCUGACUUGAUUCGCAGCACUGCAGUUACUGCCAAGAACCCAGAAUGGAAGGAGACGGCGGCCUGGACGUUACCUGUCUGAACAAGUACUGCAACAGCUCCUCGUCCUCCUCAUCCAGCUCGGACCAAGACAGGAAGCUUUUUAUGAAGCUGAAGCUCAACUUGUCCGGGGAUUAUCCAAGAAAGAACGCAGAGUUUCUCAGCGGGCAGUAUGGGAUCAAUUUGUUUCUGAUCGGGGUGGCGCUGAUGCUGGCCGUUGCGCGGGAUAACCCCUCAGUGGAGGAGUCCCACCUGCUGGCCUUCGUCACCUGCCUGAUGGUUCUCCAGCUGAUCUGGAUGAUGUGGUACAUUCUGCUCCGGGAGAGGCGUAAGAACACCCGAACUGAGAGGGAUGUCAAUGCCACCACGUCUUGGAUUAGAGGUGCUUUAACUGUCCUCGCAGUCCUCUCUCUCGUCAUGGAUGCCUUCAGAAUCGGAUAUUUUGUGGGCUUCUCGUCUUGUCUGUCGGCUGCUUAUGCAGUAUAUCCUGUCGUCCACGCAACCCACACCAUAGCACAGGUACAUUUUCUGUGGUUUCACAUCAAGGAUGUUGUUAAAAGUUUGGAAAUAUUUGAGAGAUUUGGUGUAAUUCAUGCAGUUUUUACUAACGUCCUGCUGUGGUGCAACGGGGUGAUGUCGGAGGCAGAGCACUUCAUGAACAACCACAUCAGAAGACUUUCCUUCCUGGAUUCGGAAAACAUCACCAUAGUGGCCUCAGAGCCGGUGUGCAACAGUACCACAAGCUCCAGCACAAGCUCCCUCUUCUCCAGGGGCCUGGUGUAUCUCUUCCCCUUCAACGUGGAGUACCACAUCUUUGUCUCCGUUCUGCUCUUCGUCAUGUGGAAGAACAUCGGGCGCACUAUUUCUUCAAACAAGAAGAGUUUGGUCACAAAAAGCCAGGGCUUGACUUUAGGGCCCAUUUUGGGUCUUCUGGCGCUGGCCAGCACAAUCGCAGUGUUGGUGGUCUACAUUACCCGUAUAGAAGGGGUCCUCGAGCUGCGCCAGUCCGCUGUUUCCAUGUUCUACAUUUAUGGCAUCGUCAUGCUGGCGGUUAUGUGCUUUUCCGGUGCUUUGGGUCUGCUCAUAUACAGAGCAGACCACGUGCCUCUGGACACCUCCAAGAACACGUCGAGACAGCUGGACACAGAGCUGCUGUUUGGAUCCUCCUUAGGCUCCUGGUUCAUGUCCUGGUGCAGCAUUGUAGCUGUGCUGUGCACUGAAAGCAAGGCUUCAUAUCGCUGGACCAACUUUGUCUACUCCAUCUUCAUCGUGCUGGAAAAGUAUCUCCAGAACCUUUUUAUUAUCGAGUCUCUUUAUCGCCAGCAAGAGCGAGCUGAGAGGUCCGACCCAGAACUGCUGGCCGGGUCGGAAAUUUUCUCGGUGACGUCCUCCAUGGCUCCGCCGUUCAGCGGCAUCAUCAAUCGAGCCUACGAGACGCCAGACAAAACCCCGGAGAAGGAGCAGGAGGAGAGCAGAGAGGUGUACAGGUGUGAGGAGCAGCAGGAGGAGCAGCCGCUGAACAUGAAGAGGCUGAUUCUGAAGAACAUUGCUGUUUUGCUGAUUAUGUGCAAUGCUUCGCUGUGGCUCCUCCCUGCGUUUGGCUGCAGACCGCAGUAUGACAACGGGCUGGAGCAGGACAUUUACGGCUUCUCGGCGUGGACCACCGUUCUGAAUUUUGCCAUUCCCUUGAACCUUUUCUAUCGCAUGCACUCCGUUGCCUCCCUCUUUGAGGUGUUUCGCCGAGUUUGACGGAAAGGAUGGACACAGGGACACUUUUAAACAGCAGCUCUGGAGCACAGCGCAGGUCGGACUUUGGCAGCUGGCCACGCGGACAAACAAAAGGCUCCUCGCUGUAGAGACUCCAUAAAAAAAGAUGAACCUUUUACCCUGCAUUCCUUGAAGAGGUCAUGCGUAACAAAGCUUCCAAAAAAGGAUUAAUCUGGGAUGCACAUUUAAUUUUAAAGACAAUAUUUUGAAACAGACUUUCAGAAAUCUGAUUUUUUUCAACUAAAAAGCCUCUAAAAUGGAUCAACAAUUAAGUAACAGUACUGCAUUUUUAAAACCAUCUGUACUUUAAUAGUAGAAACCAUAAGAGCAUUUCUACUAAAACACGCAUACUAUCUAUGGAUUAAGUUCUCAUUUGACUUAAUUUGAGUUCAGUUAGAUAAGGGGAACACUUGAUCUUUAAGCCUAUUACAAUGCUUUGAUAUCAUAGUUGGAAGUUAGUUCUCAGACUAAGUUAAUUUCUCUCUCACUCAGCCAAGAUUCAUCAAUGACUUUGUGAAUGUUGAUCGUCUUGUUUUUUGCUGAAAGUUACACUUUAUCUGAACAAGGUUCUUUUCUUGAGUCAUGGACCAUUUAUGUUGCUCAACAUGCCAAAACAGACACAACCAGUGAUCUAUGUGAAAGCACACUUUUGUUAUAACAUCUUUUGUUUUUCUGUGGACAAAAUUUUGCACUACAUAAUUUAAGAUCAAAUCUACACAGAUGUUCAAUCAGGUGUCCAGCAAGUUCUCAGACGUCUUCUCUAGGUUUUCUCUAUGUGCCAAGUUGAAGGAAACAAAAAAUCCUUUUUACUUUUUCCCUUCUAUCUCUGCCAAUCAAAGCUAUUGUCGUAUAAUUGAGUUAGACGUGGAUGCAUAUAUUGAAAUAAAAAUUAGAUACCUUUUUUUGGUAAAACCCAAGACUAGUGAGUGUUCAUGA